AUGAGCACCAAAACCUGCCUCGAAGUCUCCCCCUCCUGCCCCGUCACCGCAACAACAUACGGCUACUACCCGAACCUGGGCGGCAACAUCUUCUUCACCAUCAUCUUCGCCCUCUGCGGCGUCGCCCAACUCUACUUCAGCCUACGUUUCCGAUCCUGGACAUUCGCCAUCGCCUUGAUAAUCGGCACAUUCCUCGAAAUGGCAGGGUAUAUCGGCCGGAUCCUCAUGCACUCGAACCCGUGGGACGCCGGGGCAUUUAAACUGCAAAUCGUGGCGCUGGUGCUCGCGCCGAGUUUCAUCGCCGCGGGCAUCUAUCUCACCCUGAAACAUAUCAUCUUGAAUCUGGGCAGUGAGUAUUCGAAACUCAAGCCGAGGCUGUUCACGUGGAUAUUCAUCGGGUGUGAUGUUGGUUCGUUGUUCUUGCAGGCGGCGGGGGGUGGAGUCGCGGCGUCUGCGGAGGAUGAUCUCGAUAUGACGACGACGGGGAAUAAUAUCAUCAUAGCGGGGAUUGUGUUCCAGGUUGUCACGAUGGCGGUGUGUGGGGUCCUCGCGGUGGACUUUUUCGUGAGGGUGUAUAGACGCGGAGGGGGGUUUUCGGCGGCGGCGGCGGCGUCGCGAGGUGAGAAGAUGGUGAGGUUGGAUGAGAUGCGCGGGGUGGAGUCCCGGGUUGAAGGUGCCGAUGGGAAUGGGGUGCUUGUGCAGGGCGCGGCGACUACGGCUGGCGAGGGCGUCACGGCGAGACAGUUGAAGAUUGUCGUGGUGGCGGAGAUUGUGGCGUAUGUGACGGUGUUGAUUCGGUGCAUUUAUCGAAUCCCCGAAAUGGCCGGCGGAUGGGGCAACCCGCUGAUGCAGCGCGAGGACGAAUUUCUAGUUCUUGAUGGGAUGAUGAUUGCUAUCGCCUGCAUCACACUCACAGCCUUCCACCCGGGUCUAUACCUUCCUUCGUUGCGAAAGGGUGCUUCGAACAAGACAUAG